GUUUAUUCCGAUUCUCUUUGGAUCUUCAGUUAAAAGAAAGCAACUCCUCUAUCAUUUUUUUCCUCAGAUUCUUCACAGUUCUUACAGGAAUUGUCUACCUGCAUUCAGUUCAAGGGAAAAAGAGGAGUGUGAACACUUUUAUGGAUACCAAGUUGGAGGAGAAUGAUCACAUUGAAGAAAUGAAUAUGGAAGUCCUAUCUUCAGCGUGGCCUGAAAUUAUUAAUGGUGAAGGGAUGCAGUUUAACUCGAACAAGCCAGAUGCAGAUGAAGAUAUGUUUGAGGGGGUUAAGCUUAAUGUGGAGCCUGCUGCAGUUGAUUUUAAUCAUCUUCUUGAGCUUACUAGUAAUAGUGAGAAGGGCUCCUCACAACUGGCCAACCUUAUCAAAAGCUGGGAGUAUAAACAGGCUAAUGCUGUACGGCUUCUGAGAGAGGAGCUUGAUUCCCUUAGUAAGCAGCAGAAGAAAGCAGAGUUCGAGAAAUUAGGAAUGAUAAAAGAACAUCGAUCAGAAGAGUAUAAUUAUGGCAGCGAUGAGCGUCCAUCCUCUAUAUUAGAUAAGGUACAUGAUAUUCAGAAAGAAGUUUCUCAGAGGAGAAAGAAUGUUGUAAUCCAUGAUCAAAGACCUGAAUUAGAGCCUGAGUAUGACACAGUCAAUUUUUGGAGGCAGCAAGCUAUUCAUCUUGAAACAUUAUUAGAGGCAAGCAUGCAAAGAGAGAAGAUAGCACUGGAAAAGUUGCAGGAGAGCAUCCAAAAUUUAGAGAGGCAGUCAUCACCGGUGGAAGAAUUAUCUCAAGUCCUGAGAAGAGCAGAUAAUUAUUUUCAUUUUGUUCUGCAAAAUGCACCUGUGAUCAUUGGACAUCAAGAUAAUAAGUUGCGGUACCGUUUCUGCUACAACUAUUUUCCAGGUUUAAGAGAAGAGGAUAUUAUAGGAAAAACUGAUACUGAGAUUUUCACUGGCGGUGGUGUCAAAGAGUUCCAAGAAUUUAAACAAGAAGUACUGGAGCGAGAGCUAGCUGCGAAAAAGGAAAUCACAUUUGAGACAGAACUCUUUGGGUCAAAGACAUUUUUGAUGUAUGUAGAACCUGUAUUCAGCAAGGCUGGUGAAACUAUUGGUGUGAACUAUAUUGGAAUGGAUAUAACUGAUCAGGUUAGAAAAUGGGAGAAGAUGGCACAACUUAAAGAGGAGAUAGCCGUACAAAAGGCCAAGGAGACAGAAUUUAACAAAACAAUGCAUAUAACAGAGAAAAUUGUGCAAGAACAAUUUCUCACAACUAUAUCUCAUGAGAUGAGAUCUCCACUAACAGAUCUCGUUAGUAUGGCUAAGAACCUUUCAACAACAAAACUUGACAAGGAGCAACAACAACUAUUAGGAGCCAUUUUAUCUUCUGGAGAUUUGGUCCAACAAUUAAUUAGUGCAAUCCCUGAGCUUCCCAAGGCUCAAUCAGGAGUUAUGAGCUUGGAAGCUUCCAGUUCCAGGCCACGAGAGGUAGAAGGACUCCAGAUUGAUGAAGCAUCAUUACAGAAGAUGUUAAAACUAGAAGAAUGUGUAAUUGGCGAUGUUCCUGUAGGGGUGGCGGUUGGUGGUGCUGCUCUUGUUAGAGGCGGUGGGGUAGUUACUGUGGAAGUGGUUUCAGCCGAGGAAACAAAACCAUAGAAAGAGGAAUGUUAAAAUGAAAAUUCGGGAUGCUCACUCUUUGAUUAAUACUAGUACCUAGAACUUCUCUGUGGAUCUAAUGAAGAAACAAGAUGAAAUAACUUGUACUUUUUUGUAUUAUUAAAUAUCAACUUCAGUCAUGGUUUGGGAUAAAGAAACAACAUAACUUCAGUGGACGGUUAAUCGGUUAUGGUAUUUACAGGAUUGCAGUUGGUAAACUUAUCUAAUUUGUAAUUGCUGAAUGGAUUGGUUAUCAAUAUGAUUUGUUGUCCAAGUACCAAACCAAUGUU